GAAUUUUGAGGCCCAGGGAGUGGCUGUGCCCAGGAGAUUUGCCAAAAUCCGCUACGAUUUCACUGCACGAAACGUCAACGAGCUGUCGGUGCUGAAGGAUGAAAUCCUGGAGAACUUAUUCACCAAAUGGAUGAGCUGAACGACGAGCUGCUAAAGAAGAUCACAAACAAUAAAAUUCAGCCUCCCCACAGGAAUUUCAAGGUGGAAAAGCCUCAGCAAGUUUUUGUGCCCCUCACCUUUGAAUCCAGCACUGAAGAAGUCAAAGCCUGGCUGGAGGCCAAGUCCUUCAGCAAAGAGACCGUGGAACACCUGGGCAUCCUCACCGGAGCUCAGCUCUUCUCCCUCAACAGAGAGGAGCUGAAGAAGGUGUGUGGUGAUGAGGGGAACAGAGUGUACAGCAAGAUCACGGUGGAGAAAAACCAGCUGGAGAAAAGCAGAGGGGAGACAGAGCUCCAGGAGAUCAUGAAGCGCCGCCAGGAAAGGAUUGAUUCUGCUAAUUAAAGUCUCUCUGCUUUAUUUCAGCUCUUAGCCCUCAGUAGUGCAGAAAAAAGGGAAUGAAAGCAGUGAUUCCCGGCCCAGGCCGGAGGCAGCAGAGCUCCCCUUGGGCUCCAGCUGCCAUCAGAGUGACAAUUCCUCCAACACUCUGGGGAAGGGCUGGCAAUAAGACCACAUCCCACUGGGAAAGGUGUUUUAAUUUUGCAUGAAGUAUUUUUUUUAUAACUAUGUAUUUUAUACUGAGAUUUUCCGUGCAUGUGAUCGGAGCAGGAUUCCCGCGGGGCUGGAUGGACGACAAGGCUGGAUUCAAACAGAGAGCCCAGAGCUUCUCCCAAGGGCUGUCCCUGCUCCCAGCCCUGGCUGCAGAGCAGGGCUGGCACACAGCUCAGGAGGGGCCAGCUCAGGGCCUGGAGCCUGCACCCGGCAGUGAGGCUGCAGAACAACCCUGCACUGCUGUGGGUUCAAGGAAAGGACAUCAGAGCUCAUCCUGUUCCCCCCCAUCAGGGGCAGGGACGCCUUUCCCAAGCCCAAGCUGUUCAAAUGCUGUCCAGCCUGGCCUUGGACACUGCCAGGGAUGGGCAGCCUAAGGCAGCCCCACUUCCAUUCCCUCCUCAGUGCAGGUAUCCCCUGCAGCCCGUGAGCACAGCCCGGUGACAGCUCCCUGUCCCCCUCCUGUCCCCUGUGCCCCUCACUGGACAAGGCUGGAAUGGCAACACACAUUCCCAAAGUCUGGCUGCUUCCCUAAACCCACAGACCAGUUGGUGCUGCCUCUGAGCAGCUGAAAUGAGCUCUCAGUGCCUGGGAAGGAGCAGGAGUGACAAACAAAGGGAUCUGAACGUGGACAUGGGUGAGCUCCCCCUGCCCACUGCUGCUGAUGCACAGGCCCGGGCUCAGGGCAGCUGUGCAGCUUCCCUGGGCCACUGAUCCUGCCCUGGAAUGCUGUGGGGCUGCCAGACCCGGCCUCAGACCAGGAGAAGAUAAGCCCUGACCAUUUGCUCCCGUCCCAGGCACACCCACAGCCCUUCCCAGGGUGUUCGUCACUCGUCCCCACCUUCACGUUUUCACUGCAGAAAGUCAGCUGAAGUUAUUCCCAAACAGCUGAAACCCCAAAGCACACUGGGAAAGGCAGGUUUAACUCCAAAUACAUGGGCACAAGGAAAAAAAAUCUAAUUUAGCACAGGGUGUUGCUCUUGACUUCCUGUUUUCCUUCAUAAAGUUAUGUGCAUUUCUAUGUAACAAUCUGUAAAUAGGGGGUGAGGAAAAUCUCUCUCCCUGGAGGCAGAAUUAGCGAUUAUGCUUCCAAAAUUUACUCACAAUUUCAAAACUCAAGCAAGCAGCGUAGUUCCUGUCCACAGCAAGUUUGGCACACUGCAUUUCUGUCUCUGUUUACCUGACAGACCAAGCUGAUUGCAAAGCAGUGAAGCAAACACAGCUCCAGAGCUGCCCACAGCCCAGGGACAGUUGGCUUUUCUCUCUCAGCACUGCUCAGUCUUUGCCCAAAUCUGUGUCUGUCCUUGCACAUUUAAUGGAAAAAGCUUUAACACAGCCUUGGGGAACUCGUGUCUCAAUCUGAGAGCACCAGAGCACCUCAGGUUUGCUUUAUUCCUGACUGUCUCCCAUGUUUUCUUCAUCUGAAAGAGGACACUGCUGGCAGCAGCAGAACCAGGGUGCAGGCAGGGGGGGAUCCUGGGUUUGGUCACAGCUCUGCUGGGAUCUGAGAAGGGCACUCACCUUGUCAGGGAGGGAUGGAGAGGACAAUCCUCCUGAGAAGCCCUGGCUCUGGAAGAGGGUGAAGGGAAGCAACAUGGCAAGCACAGGAGGCGAAAGAGUUUCUAAAAUGAAAAUAAAACCAAAUGUUGAGCUAGGAAACACCCCACCUUCUAGUCCUGGGGUGUAGAGGAAAGCAAAGCACAGGGAAUUGCAGUUAUCUGGCAUUUUAACAGGAAUGUACACGACAGCUCUGUAAAGCUGGGAGCCACAGGAGCACUUCCCAAAACAAACAUCUCAGCAGGCCUCACUGCAGAGGUCACUUUUACAAAUUUCCAUGCGACUGAGCUGUGCAUCUCUUCUGUUUGUACUGCCUGCAGACACUGCUAUAAAGUACUGUACACUGAUGUACCUGAGCGAAGGAGACAAUGAUAUAACCAUGCACUGU